GGCGGCGGCCGGCCCGGGCCCCGUCCUCCCGGGUGCUGAUCCUUUCCGGGCCGCCCCGCGGAAUCUAGGAGCCCGAGGCCGUCGCGUCUUCGUCUCUGCGGGGCUCUCUGAGGGUCUGUGGUUCUCCUUGUGGGUCUCUCUCUGUAUUUGGGUCUCUGUUUGUCUCUAUGUGGGUCUCUGUCUCUACCAGUCUCCGUCACUCAGCAGGUCUGUAUUUCUCCGUUGACUUCCCUUUGUGAGUUUCUGUCCCUCUAUGCGAGUCUCUCUCAUUAUGGGUCUCUGUGUUUUUCCACUGGCCUCUAUUUUCAUGCCGGUCUCUGACUCCGUUGACCUCUCUCAGUGGAUCUCUGUCUUUCUGUCUGUCCCUGGUUUCAGAGGGUCUGUCUUCCGUCUCUCUGAUCUCUGCCUCCCCCAUCACAUCCCUGUAGCCUCAGACGCUACCCUCCCUCCCUCCCUCGUGCUUCCCCCUUCUCUGCAGAUCGCCCAGAAGAAUACACCAGACAGAAGCUCUAUGCUCUGCCUGGCUGGCCACUGCCUCGCCGGGACUAAGUACUCCCAGCGUAACAUUAGUUCAUUUCCGGUGCAGCUGUACUUGAAUGUGGCCUGCCCCAUGUGUUAGGUGUGAGGUUGACCCAGACCUUAGCUAGUGAUUACCACUAGAGCAGAAUGGGGGUGGGGGGUGGGGGAGAGCUAGUUGGCCGUUUAGAUUGGAAAGGGCUCCCACACUUCAGUCUUGAGAUGUACCCCCAAAACUCUUCUCACCCAGAACACUUGAUAGUGGAUCUACACCUAGUGAAUGAAACCUCUUUCCCUUUUCUCUGUUAAGUUUGCCAGGUGCCAAAAGGCUUUGGAAUAUAGUGGGCACAACUCUUUAUCGUUGGGAAUUUUUCAGACUUGGUGCUGAAGUAAGAAGACAGAAAUAUAGUAGAAAGCCUGGACUGUGGAUUUAGGCCUGGACAGGAAUCCUCUUUAAUAGCCAUGUGACCAGGAGCAUACUUAAUCUUUCUCCUCAGCUUUUCCAUCUCUGAAACAGGGAUCAUAAUAUCUACUCUGCAGGUCUGUAUGAGGAUUAAAGGAGAUCACAUAUAUAAAACUGUUGACACUGUGCUUGGCAUAAAGAAGGUGCCAGUUUUCUUCCAGUUACUUUUGCAGUUUGGAGGUGCUGUAACCAGAGCAGCUGAGUAUUCAAACCUGUAUCACUAAGCUUUGUGUGAGGGAAGAAGGGGAAGGUUAUGGAGGAGAAUUUCCAUUUCCUAAUUCCUUUCCAUAAACUUUUGGAACACAACCAUGAUCCCACAAAACUUGUAUCAUUUCAUGCUUUUGACACAGGGGUACAGAGAUGCAUGCAACAGAUGCAGAUAAUGUAGCAAUUAAAGAGUGCUGGCUCUGGAAACAGCCUGUCUGGGUUUGAAUCUUACUAGCCUUGGACACAGAUUGAUGAAUGAGAGAAAACCUCAUCUGGUCUGCCUCCCCACCCCAGAAACAACGAUGGCCUGGGCCUGGUAGCAGAUGAGACUGCAGAUCUGGAGUUUGCCAGCAGGUGGCACCAGAAGCAACUUCUCAGUGUCCGCUGUCCUGAGGAACUGGGAUUUCAGCUCUGAAUUCAGUUGUUCAGUGAUUGGGCCCUUGCAGCACAGGAAGAGAGUGCCCAUGGGGACGUGAUCCUGGUAGGAAGGGAAAGCUGGACCGAGGGACCAGCACGUGAAAGUGCAUGGAGUGCCCAAUCCAUGCCAUACCCCUGGAUAAUUGUCACUGCUUCUUCCCCUGAAGGUGGGAUGUUUCCCCAUGUCCAUCUCCCCAGUCUCUACCCUACCCCAAGAAAGAACCCAGAGGGAGAAUCUGUAGAGGUUCCAGCCUUCCCAGGCCACUAGGAGUAUUGGCCUCUGCUCCUCCCCCGCGGAAACCCCCACCACAGGACAAGGGGGGGUAAGUCAGAAGCCCUGCAAGGGUGUCCUAUCAGUCUCCCUCUCUGCUGUGUGUGGGGCCUGAGCCUGGCUUCAGGCCUUCUGGCUACCAGAUUGGCAGUUGUUCCUCUAGAGAGAGGCAGGAGUUGGUCUGGCUUUAGUGUGUGACAAGCAUGCCCUGAAUGCUUGAACCCUUCCUUUAACUCAUUUAGCAAGCCCUCUGCUGUAUGAUUUGUGCUAGAGCCACAGCUGUGAAUCUGAUGACCUGUGAAGGAGACAAGCAUGGACACAGGUGAUUACAAAACUCUUAAGUGCUUCAAAAAGGGCAGUACCAGAUACCAUAGGAACACAAAGGAGGGAGGGAGUAUGUAUCUCUGUUUGUGUGCACGUGGGGGUGGGGUGUGGCAGUGCUAGCCAUGACAUUGGCGUUUGGCCUUGAAGGAUCAGUGGGGUGCUUCCAGGCAGAUAAAAUAAGGAAAGGCAUUUUAGGCAGAAGCAGUGGACUGUGUGAGGGCUAGAGCAGGAAGGAAUAUGGUGAGUGGAGAAACUCUGAGUUGCCCAAUGUGUAGCACUGGGUGAGUAGCAGGGAGCAACUGGAGAUGGGACCAGGUCACAGAGGGGUUUGACUGUCAGGCCAAGGAAUUUGGCCAUUAUCUUAUAAACAGGAGGAUCAUCCAUGAGAUUGAAGGGGUCUGAGCAGGGCAAGGACCAGAUGAGACUUGGGCUAAAAGACAGGCAGUGGGUGAGGAAGGAUCAAAGGGCACUUAGGAGGUAGAAUCUAUAUGACCUUGUAGCUAAUUGGUGACUCUCAGAGGUUAUAAAGUAGAUUGCUUUGCUGAUUAUUCUAGAAUAGAGGAAGCUUCCAUUUUCUUGGAUUCCUUAGUUCCUCCUUCACUGCCCUCAGGAACUUCCAGAGAGAGGGGCAAAGAAACCAAGUGAAUUCCACCAUUUCUUUGUAUUUCAUAACCUGAAAGGCAGUCUCUCCCAGCACUACCUCAAAGUCUAAGAUAUUCCGCUGUUUUUCCAGCUUCUGAAGUGAGCCUGGGUGCUGUUCCCAGCCCUCGUCUUUCCUUCCCUCUCUGUCUCUCAUCCCUUGUCACAUGGGCUGCCCUGGACUGAAGCUUUGACAUGCAUUCAGUAAACUGCCUUUGUUGGUUUGGGCCUCACAUUGGUUUGGGGGCAGACCUAAUCUUCUCAGAGUAAAGAGUGGUCUUUUCACUGGGGCUGAAACAGGCACAUGCCCCUGUUUGGGGAGCUUUCUGGUCUGAGAAACAGGAUGAAGCCAAGCUUUCUGAUGAGGGUGAACCUGCAGGGGAGCAGGUGGAAGGCAGUGGGUGGGGCCUCUAAGGCGGGCUUCUGCCAUCAGCUCUGGACAUGAGCCAUUGUCUUGGGGAGGGGCAAGCGCAAAAGACAAGGAGUCUUGUCUCUGCCCUUCAGCAGCUCUUGGUCUGGCUGGGACUCAGGCACAGAAGGUCCAGGCUGAUCCCCAGCGGCCUCCCCCGGAAAUGCUCCGUCUUCCACCUCUUUGUUGCCUGUCUCUUACUGGGCCUCCUCUCCCUGCUCUGGCUGCAGCUCAGCUGCUCUGGGGACGUGGCCCGGGCAGCCAGGGGACAAGGACAGGAGACCCUGGGCCCAUCCCGGGCCUGCCCACCAGAGCCACCCCCUGAGCACUGGGAAGAAGAUGAAUCAUGGGGUCCCCACCGCCUGGCAGUGCUGGUGCCCUUUCGAGAACGCUUCGAGGAGCUACUGGUCUUUGUGCCCCACAUGCACCGCUUCCUGAGCAGGAAGAAGAUCCAGCACCACAUCUAUGUGCUCAACCAGGUGGAUCAUUUCAGCCUCGGUGCCCUGCACAGGUUCAACCGGGCAGCACUCAUCAACGCGGGCUUUCUGGAGAGCAGCAACAGCACAGACUACAUCGCCAUGCACGACGUGGACCUGCUCCCUCUCAAUGAGGAGCUGGACUAUGGCUUCCCAGAGACCGGGCCCUUCCACGUGGCCUCCCCGGAGCUCCACCCACUCUACCACUACAAGACCUACGUCGGUGGCAUCCUGCUGCUUUCCAAGCAGCACUACCAGCUGUGCAACGGGAUGUCCAACCGCUUCUGGGGCUGGGGCCGUGAGGACGACGAGUUCUACCGGCGCAUCAAAGGAGCCGGGCUCCAGCUUUUCCGCCCCUCGGGAAUCACAACUGGGUACAAGACAUUUCGCCACCUGCAUGACCCAGCCUGGAGGAAGAGGGACCAGAAGCGCAUCGCGGCUCAAAAACAGGAGCAGUUCAGGGUGGACCGGGAGGGAGGCCUGAGCACCGUGAAGUACCGCGUGGAUUCCCGUACAGCCCUGUCUGUGGGCGGGGCCCCCUGCACUGUUCUCAACAUCAUGUUGGACUGUGACAAGGCUGCCACCCCCUGGUGCACAUUCAGCUGAGUUGGCUGGACAGCAAGGAAGCCUGUGCCUACAGGCCAUACUGCUACUCAAGCCCAGGACAAAGCCUCAGGCCCUGGGCCCAGCUCCAAUAGGACGUGGAGUGGCCUGAAGCAGUGGACAGCAAGCCACGUGUUUGCAGCAGCCCGGCCCCCAGAGGCAGGCUUGAGCCAGGAGAGGACACACGCAGGGUGCCUGGGACGCUGCCAGCAGUAAACAAUGAUGGAGAGAGGCUGGGACAUGGUUUCCAACUGAGACUCUCCACUCUGCCUUCCUGCUUGCCCUGCCCUACCCUCCUUUGUGUGCUGAGAUCUGCAAGAUCUUGUUCCUUCUCCUGGACUGCCAGGCCACUGAUGUGGGUGGCAAGGGCCAUCAGGAGGGUUAAAACUGCAGAGACCAGUGUGCAAGCCCCACAGAAAGGGAGCAACUGAGACCAGCUCUAGCUGGUUGUCACCCUGAAGGAGUGUGGGCCUGGUGUUGCCAGAUCUUCUGAUUUUUCAAAAGAAAGUAGAAUUCUGGA